GUACCAUUCGUAUAUAUGGGUCAAGGUCGACAAGGUUUUAUAGAUAGGAAUUGUACUUUUACUAACUGUUUUGUCACUUCUAAUAGAUUAUACCUAGGUGAUUAUACAAAGUUUGAUGUGGUUGCAUUUGCUGGACCAGAAGUGAGGUUUAUGAAUAAACAAGGUUUCUAUGAUAGCCUCCCUAAAAAAAGAUCUCCACAUCAAAAAUAUACCUUUGCUAGCAUUGAGUCUGCUGAUAAUUACCCAGUUUGCUCUGAUUCGUUUGAUGGCUUUUUUAAUUGGACAUGGACUUAUAGAUUAGAUUCUGAAGCAAAGUGGGGAUACAUUGCGAUACGAGAUUCUAAAAAUAAUUUAAUAGGGCCUAAAAAAGAAAUGAAUUGGAUUAAAUUAGAAGAUAUGAAACCGGUCAGUGAUGGUUUGAAAGAAAAAUUGAGAAUUAAAACUAAAGCCGCUGCAUGGUUUGUAUCUAAUUGUUAUUCCAGAAGUGAAAGAGAACUAUUUGUUUCGCGUUUGAAAAUUCAUCUCAUGAAAUACGAUCUUAAAGUUGAUGUUUAUGGCGAAUGCGGCUUAAUGAAGUGCCCUCGUAACAAAGAGGAUAAAUGUAAUAAAAUUAUUGAGAAAGAUUAUUAUUUUUAUCUAUCUUUCGAAAAUUCGUUUGCUGAAGAUUAUGUGACAGAAAAAUUAUUACACCCAUUAAAAAAUUACGCUGUACCUAUUGUAUAUGGCGGUGCAAAUUAUACGAGGUUUAUGCCAGAUGGAAUAUACUUGAAUGCAAGAAAAUUGGGCCCGGAAAAACUAGCAAGGAAAAUGUACGAGUUAAUACAAGAACCAGACAAGUACGCCGAUUUCUUUAGAUGGCGUAAUCAUUAUUCCUAUCAUCGCAGGGACGAGAGCAUCGAAACUAACGACUACUGUAGAUUCUGUUCUAUGCUUAACGAAGAAGACUUAGUCAGGACUCAGUCUAUAUAUAGGAAUUUUAAAGAAUGGUGGGACCCACCUCAUCGUUGUUAAGUUAUUAAGAAAAAAUGAGAAUAAGUAAAAUUGUUUACAAUAUUAUUAAAAUGUGUAACAAGA